AUGUUGCGGAACCUGCCAAACAACUACACGCGAUCAAUGGUGGUGAACCUGUUGAACCAGGAAGGCUUCAAAGGCAAGUUCGAUUUUCUGUAUCUUCCAAUUGAUUUUAGGUCAAAGGCCGGUCUCGGCUACGCCUUUGUCAAUCUCACUGUGCCUGCGCACGUCCCGCCAUUUUGGAAGACUUUUGACGGCUACACCAAGUGGGUGCUUCCGAGCUCCAAGGUCUGUCAGGUCAGUUGGAGCGGCCCUCAUCAGGGUCAAGCGGCCCAUGUGGACCGCUACCGGAGCAGCCCGAUCAUGCACAGCAGCGUGCCUGAUGAAUACAAGCCGAUUGCCACGCGCCUGGGUGGAGUCCGGCAGUGCUAG